CAAAAGAAAGAAAAACCCGUUAUUCCCGCGAAUCAAGCAGAUGGCGAAUCGAUAAGCGAUGCAAAUCGUGGGAUUUUGAAUUGUCUUUUAUUGACUUGGAAAAGCUUUGCGGACUAUUCCGCAGCACGUAUAGUCUCAUCGUCCCAUCACUGAAUUCAUUUCCAAGUCGUAUUGUCAAGAUUUUGAAUGGAAGUAGUAACGACUGGAGUAUCGAGACCGUGGAGCAGCACAAAGAUGACUAGUAAACACGAUGAUGGCCCACCAAAGAAGAAACGAAAGAAGAAUACUGAACCUGUGGCCGUUGGCCAAAAAAAUCCCGUAAUGGUUUUGAAUGAAAUCAAACCGAAUAUCGUCUACGACAUUGCAGCAUCUGGACCACCUCAUGCCAGAAUUUAUGCUGCAUCUGUCACUUUAAAUGGCAAGACCUACAGUGCCGAAGACACAACCAAGAAGAAAGCCAAGGCGAAAGUCGCACAAAUGAUCCUCCUCUGCUCGGUUCAGCUGAAAGAUCCCAGUGUCAAAGCCCCUCUGAUGGAAGAAAUUAUGGGUGAAGCUGAAGACUUUAGCAAAGAUCUCUCAGAGGUUGUUUGCAGCUCUGAAGACUUUUAUUCUUUUGAAACAGCUGUCACUGAUAAAGUGAAAGCAUUGCCCAUGGCAUCUGUGAGCAACGCUGAACAAGCCAAGAACAAUCCUGUUUUCUACCUCAACCGUCUGAAACCUGGGAUCAAAAUUGAAAUAGUCAAGGAGGAAGGAAGUCCUCAUUUGCCAAUUUACACUGCACGAGUUGUCAUUGGGGAUCAGCCCUUUGAGGGAACUGGUUCAAGUAAGAAACAAGCCAAGAACGAGGCUGCACAAGCCGCCCUACAGAAGGCGUUUGGCUUGGAGCGCACCAACCCACCCAAACCACCCUCAGCGGCCACAUCAUCUGAAAAACCCACCGAGGCUGAAUUUGGAGAUUUUAUAGCAAGACAAAUUGAGAGCACGUACCUCGAAAUGAUGAAAAACGAGCAGCAAAGUUUAUCACGCUACAAAGUUUUAGCUGGAGUUGUCAUGACCCAAGGGCCGACAUCAGAUGGGGCCACGGUUAUAUGCGUCACUACCGGGAGCAAGUGCAUCAACGGUGGCCAACUGAGUAUGGAGGGAGAAGCCCUAAACGAUUGCCACGCUGAGGUGUUGGCCCGAAGAGGUUUAGUCAGUUACCUCUACGACCAGUUGAACAUAUUCAAUUCCAAUCCGUCCGAUUCGAUUUUUGAGUCUCCAAGCGGCAGUCAAAACUUGAAACUGAAGAGCGAUGUUCUGUUUCACUUAUACGUGAGCUCCGCACCUUGUGGAGACGCUCGUAUUUUCACACUUAACGAGUCACUUGCCUCACCUCUCGAAGAUCUCCAUCCCAAUCGACAAGGAAGAGGAGCUCUUCGAACCAAAAUCGAAUCAGGAGAAGGUACUGUGCCGGUGAAUGAGUGUGCCAUUCAGACGUGGGACGGCAUCCUUCAGGGCGAGCGACUAUUGACCAUGUCUUGCUCUGAUAAACUCGCCCGAUGGAAUGUUGUGGGUAUUCAAGGAUCUUUACUCUCCAACCUAAUUGACCCGAUCUACUUCCAUACAAUUGUGGUAGGCAGCCUGUUUCACCAGGUUCAUUUACGAAGGGCCCUCAUUGGCAGGAUUGAACAUCUACAGGGUCUUCCAUCGCCGUUCAUCUUUUCCCGGCCUGUUUUGUCGACGAUUACCACCCCACCGGACCGCUUACCAGCCAAAUCUCCCAAGAACAGCAUCAUUUGGAUCAACGGAUGGCCGGAACAUGAAAUCGUUGAAAUCAGCAAAGGCAAAUUAUUGGAUGGGACGCCAUCUCGACUGUCCAAGAGGCAUUUUUUCUUCCGCUUCAUGGCCCUCGCUACAACCAAUCUCGAGUACAAGUCUCUAGUGCAAAGGCACGUUAGAAAUGGCAACGUUAGUUACAACAGCCUUAAAAAAGCAGCUCAAGCGUUUGGAAUAGCGAAAGAAAUGCUCCAGUCGUCCUUUAUGAUCGCUAGACUGGGACAGUGGGUUAAAAAGCCACUGGAACAAGAUAGCUUCGAAGUUCCUUUUGAUGGUAGCCAGCCUUCUGACGACUUGGAUCGUGCACCAAGUCCACUGGGCUUUUGAAUACCUAAUGGUCGAAUCAUCCACCCAUCUUUUUUGAGUUUUGAACGACUUUAGUUAACUGCCAUCCUAUUUAAAGCGAUUGACUCAUUCUCUCAGAAAGUGCGCACUUUUUUUUUUACAAAGAUUCUUUGAAAUAUGAACUCACAUUCGGCAUCACAGUUCUAAAUUAUACCUCGGGGAUAUACCUUUUGCAAAAUUUCAUAACCAUCGCGACGUCCAAUCUGCACGACGAUACCACUUUCCCUUUAUUGCUAACCUUGAUUUUCGAAUGUUCCGAUAUGUUCUUUCGAUCCACUUGAUUUCGUUAUUAAUGAGAAAACCUGAUUGUAUUACGACUCUUGAUUAAUUGUUUCUUGACCAAAUAUUCACAGGAUGUUUUGAAGGUCGCUUUCUAAGUUUCCAUUUAAUUUUAUUGUGCAUGCACCACCCGCUGUACAUUUCUCAAGAAAGGAAACGAUUGCUUAUUCAAGAUAAAUAUACUGAUAAUAAAAUUUCUUCAGGAAAA